AUGUCCGAGAGGUCAUUGAAAGGUUGGUUUAAGCUCGCUUUCCAACUUUUAGUUAGCGAGCAAUGGGACACAGUCAAAGAAACUGUCGAAGACAAUGACUCUACGUACAGGUGGCUGAAAGAGCAGAUUCUCGGGGAAAUUCGCAAGAUCGAAAACAAAGCCUUUCGCAGCUUCCUCGGUUCUGCAGCUCUCAACAUUCGUGACAGGUUAAUCUCGCUGAAAUACGUCAAACCCGAUGACGAAACCUUCAGUAAAGUUAAGUUUUGGCUAAAACAUCAGACAGGGGAGAUGGUAUUAAAAGAUUCCGACAAUUCGACUGAUGAUCGGGUGACGGCAUGUAAAAUCGCUCUGCUGGAAGCUUCAUUCAUUCAUUUUGACGAGCCUCAGGUUGUGGCCAGGUACUUUCGUUCUCUGCUGACAAAAUUGAAGGACGUUGAUGGGGUGUAUGCUGCAAUGGAAGAAAAAAAUAACCCCAGCUUAUUAACAGAAGUAAAAGUCAUUAACGAUGCAGCCAAGGGGUACAUUUUGGGUUUGUGUCAAGUUCUCGGCGACUGGCCCAAAUUUGAUAUUCCAGCUGAGGCCGUUUGCGAUGACAAGCCUCCAUAUAAACCCCCGGAGAUAUGGUGCUUUGGUGAUUAUGGCAUGUCCGAUGGGCAGAUGAGUUAUCCCGAAAAAGUGGCUAUAGAUAAGAAAGGCCAGUUCUUGGUGCUCGAGGAAGAUGUCAUCGGCGUAGGAGGCAUUGUCACGAUCCAGAGAAUUCAGUUGUUUAAUCCCAAAGGAAAAUUCUUAAAAUGCCUGCUGAAAAGAGGAGAGGGGAAGGUCAAUGGCAUGGCAGAUUUUUGCCUGACCAAGGAUGGCGGCAUUUUGGUCGCCGAUAAAGUUGAUGGAGGCGUGGGUAGGAUUCAAAUCUUUGACUACGAAGGAAAUCAGCUCCUGCAAAUCUUUGGGCAGCCAGAAGAUGAUGCAGCCGAAAUGUCUUCCAGAUUCACUUGCAUUACGACAGAUCCCGACGGCCGAAUAAUUGCUGGAGAUAUUUCCGGUUUGUGCGUUCAUGUUUUCGGCGCUGAUGGAAAGAGGGUAUGCAAGUUCGGAAAGUUUGGACGAAAUGAGGGGGAAUUCCAUACCAUCAGUAAUGUGAGCUGCGAUGAAAAAGGAAGAAUCUACGUCACAGAUUCAGCUCUAAAUAAGAUUCAAGUGUUUGACGCCGAGGGGAAUUUUCUGUCCACAUUUGGUCCCAAUGGCACUAAUUUGCGUUAUAUGCUGUUUGAUGCUGAUCAAAAGGAGGUGUACGGGGCCGACUACGAUAAUCAUAAAAUCAGAGUGUUCUCCAUGGAUGGAGAGCCAAUGAGGGAGCACGGAAAAUAUGGCACUACCCUGAAUGAGUGUUGGUUUCCGUAUGGUCUUGCUCAGUUCCCUGACGGUAGAAUAGCCAUUGCUGAGAGAGAGAAUCAUAGGAUCACAGUAUUGAAGAUAUAA